AUUGAUAGGAACGUAAAAUAUUUUUGGCAAAUUUUGUACACUAAGACAAAGUUGUAGUAAAGCUAAAAGAUAUCUAUUGUAUUUCAAACUUUCCAUACAAGUGGUUUCAUGGUGGCGCUAGUGAGAUUAGCGUUUCAGACCAAUUUGGCGGUAAAGCCGGUAUAACCGAGUGAUAGCUGAACGUAAAUUAUUUCAUUAAAUUUCGCAUAUAUCUGAGUCAAAAAUGGUUCAUAAAACUAAAAAAGAAUGUAAUGAUUUAUUUGUGAAGCCGGGAAAAGAGAUGCCAGAAGUAUUUGAAAGGGAACAAGCUGAUUAUAAAGAUCUUUCGAAAAAGUUUAUAAACAUGAAAAGUGACUAUUCUAAACAAUAUGCUCACAUAUACUCUGCUAGACUUGCCGAAUUAAGGGAUGUUCUAACUCCGCGUGUUAAAGCUAAAUGGGGAAAUGUUCCGAUUGUCAAAUUGGCCGAUUUAGAAAAUUUAGAAAACCAACAGUGCAUAAUAAUUGGCACAUUGUAUAAACACCAACCAUGGAAACCAUCAAUUUUAAGGGAACUUAGUGAAGAACAUCAGUUUAAUGUUUCCUGUUCUAAACCAAAUUAUUGCUCAGAGAAAGAUCAACCAUUUCUGGAAGAUGAAAUGUUGCGAAUUAAAUUAGUAGGCGAGCAAGUUGAUUUAAAGCAAAUUGUUACCGGAGUUGUUUGUGCUGUAUUAGGCAAUGAAAAUAGUGAUGGCACAUUUAUGGUAAAGGAUUGGUGUUUUCCUGGAUGUGCGCCAAAAGAAUCUUUAAAAGAAUGCAUAUCACAAAAGAAGCUGGUGAUAGUAUCUGGAUUAAAUUUAUCUAAUAAUUGUGACAGUUUAGGGAUCUCCCUUUUUAUGGAAUGGUUGUGUGGAAUGGCUGGUAAUGUAACAAUACAAAAGGAUAAUACUUCUAUUGUUCGACUCAUUAUAGCAGGUAAUACCAUAAAAAAUAAUGAUACAUCACAGGCUGCAACAGACAUAGCUAAAGGACUUGGAGAAGCAAUAAAAUCUGUAGAUACAUUCUUAAGUAAUUUAGCAACAUGUUGUUCUAUUACUUUAAUGCCAGGAGAACACGAUCCCACCAACGCUAUGUUGCCUCAAAGACCAUUUCAUCCUUGUUUACUGCCUAAAUCAUCUAGACUUGAAAGCUUUAAAAGUACCACAAAUCCAUGGAUUAGUAAAAUUGAAGGCCGAAUAAUAACUGGUACUAGUGGUCAAUCAAUUCAAGAUAUCAUUAAAGUAGCAGGUGAAACUGGUAUUUCAGCUCUUGAAUGGCUAGAAAAGACCUUAUUAUGGAGACAUGUGUGUCCAACUGCUCCAGACACGCUAUUAGCUUGCCCAUACUACAAGAAAGAUUUGUUUAUUAUGGAAACAUGCCCAGAUAUAUAUUUCGUGGGAAAUACGGACAAAUUUGAAACGAAAUUGUGGAAAGGUGAUGAAAAUCAAAUUGUUAGAUUAAUAUCUGUUCCACGUUUUGAUACGAGUCAGACUGCUGUAAUAGUAAAUUUAGAGAAUUUAGAUACCCAAUAUAUUUCCUUUAGUAAUAUUUAAAUGAACCUUAGUCUUUCAACUGUGAGGAUAUUAAGAAUAUUAACUGUGUAUAUUUUAAUUCUGAUUCAGCAUAAAUUUUAUAUGAACAUAUAUGUAAGAUUUUUCAAAUAAAAUUCAAAUAUUAUUAAAAAAUAACAAGAUUGUGCAGAAACACACAUUUAUUUUAAUCCUGUUUAUUUUAUAUUCAUGAUGUGAUAAAUUAAAUUUCAUGUAACAUUUUGAUAUAAUUUGUGAUAUUAAUCAACACAUAAAUAGUAAAAGUAAAACAUUUUCUAUCAUUGCCUGUUUAUUUUCAUUCAAAAUGUGAUGUACAAAAUCUAAGCGCAUGACUUUUAAAUAUAGGUAGUAUGUUUGACUAAAUAUAAAAUAUGUAAUAAGAGAGAAAUUACAUAUAAUAUCACAGAUUAUUAAAAAAUUAUGAAAUCACAGUGACGUAAGAUUUUGAACAUGUAACUUAAACAUGAAUUCAUGCUUUAUAAAUUAUAAAUAAGAACAUAACAGUCAAAAUACAGGGUACAAUUGUUUCUUGAUAACAAAAUAUUAUACGUCAUUUACUUUUAGUACUUCAUUUCUUUAUAAAAACUAAAAUUUAAUAAAUAUAUCAACCUUCUGUAGUUCUAUCUUCUUACCUGUAGAUAACACAAAAUCACGUAAAAUGCAUAAAUUAAAUGUAAAUGAUCAUAUACGUGUCCUUUUAAAAUUUAAUAGGUAAACUGCUUUUGACUGUUAUAUGAGAUGCAAAAAUUAUGAAAUCACUUGAAGAAAUGAUAAACAACGUAAGAGAAGUCAAAUAUAGAAAUAUAACGAUGUACACAAUAUAGACAUAUAUACAAUACAUUAUUAUGUGUGUUCGUAGUAGUUGAAUUUUUGUCGAAUGAAUGCAAUUAUUGUACAAUGAACAUCGCUUCGUCGUAACUAGAAAAAAUAUGCAACAUCGAAAGAUAAUGCUACAGAACAUUUUAGUUGGCACUUUUAUUUAACGUAAGAAUUUGAUUAUAAUAUAAAUACACUUUUUUAUUUUUGUCUUUUUUUUUUUU